AAUCAGUGCGCAGUGGUUUGCUCCAGUCGACGCGCUGCUGCUGUUCAUCGCAGCUCCACCGGCUGCACCGGCACUCGGAGCUUCAGUCCGGUUACCGAACGCACCCCGAACGUCGUCACCUGCGCGGUGUCAGUUCGCAUCUCGCUUCAGCCUCUUUCGGCGUUUUAACCUCCUACAUUGGAAGAUACUUGUCUCUCUGCGCAUCUGCCUUCCAAUACACCCAUUUGGCAUUUGCCUCCAUCGCCGUUCUCUGCAGGAUGUCACUGAAGGUACAGACGAGUAAUGUGACCAACAAGACAGACCCAAAGUCCAUCAACUCGCGGGUGUUUAUCGGUAACCUGAACACAGCGGUGGUGAAGAAGUCUGAUGUCGAGAGCAUCUUUUCCAAGUACGGCCGUGUGCUCGGCUGCUCCGUGCACAAGGGUUACGCCUUUGUCCAGUACGCCAGUGAGAGGCACGCCAGAGGAGCUGUGAUAGGGGAGAACGGCAGGGUGCUGGCAGGACAAACACUCGAUAUCAACAUGGCAGGAGAGCCAAAGCCAAACAGAGCCAAAGGCCUGAAACGAUCAGCAGCAUCUCUCUACAGUGGCUAUGAAUUUGAUUAUGACUACUACAGAGAAGACUUCUAUGACAGGUUGUUUGAGUACCGUGGCAGGGUGUCUCCAGUUCCUCGUGUGGUGCCAGUCAAACGCCCGAGAGUAGCGGUACCCCUGGUACGACGGGUCAAGUCUCUGCCUGUCAAACUGCUGGCGUGUAACGCCUCCGUCCUCCCCACCAGCAACGGCAACAAACAGAGAUCAGUGAAAGGGACAGAGCUUCAGGCGAUAAAGUCGGAGCUGACUCAGAUUAAAGCCAACAUCGAGGCUUUGCUGGGCAGACUGGAGCAGAUCACAGAAGACCCACACAUAGCUGCCACAGAUUUGAUGAAGGCAGAGGACUGCAAGAGCGAGGAGGCGUGGCAGGAAGGGGAGGAGUCGGGUUCAGAGCUUGAAGACGAGGACGAGCAGAGACAGAACAGCGACGCUGAAGAGGAAGAGGAGGAAGACGAGGAGGGAGAGCACACACAGGAUGGCAUCCACAACCACAUGGAGAACAGACACCUAUCAUCAGAAACAGACUCCGUUCACCCAUGAGCGGCAUCAGGAACUGUGGGGGAAGAGACAGAGGGAGAGAGAAAAGUGCUCUGGACAGACAGAACUGGGAACAGCAAAGGAAGGCCAUCAAACAGCAGGGAUCCUGAGACGCACAAGCUCACUCACUGACACAGACAAAACUGUAAAACACACAGCAGAGAGACAUACUCGACACUUUGUCUAAGCCACAGGAAGACACUAAAACAGCAGGGUACUGACUGAGCACAUAAACUGAAUUACACACACUAGCACACAUGCAGACAUAUUCAUAGAAAGGAGACAAAAAAGCUUAGUGAUGGUGCCAGACUCGCUGUGUCAGAGCAACAGGGAGAUAGUAAAGACAGCGGGCUGUUGUCAAAGCGCAUCUUAAACUGACAGAUUUUACACACACUCACAGAGGAGCUCUCUUUGGGAACGCUGGAGCUCGUUCGAUCCUCUGCUGCUUCACAGUCCAUAAAAUACGCGGGAAUGGACAACACAUAGUGAAAUACAUUGUUAUUUUUAGUAUAAAUCCUUUAAUAUCAAGUUCAAAACAAA